UAAGGCAGGCAGCCGCUUGAAUACACAUAAGGGUCUAAGAAGCAGCCAGGAUCCGCUGUACACUCAUCUAGCCUAAGACAUACAAGAGCCUUUGAAGGUGUAGUAGAAGGACAACAUAGGGACAUAGUUGUUGGGUACAUCAUGCAUUUCUUUGACAGAGCAGACAGCUCAGGGGGGGAAGCUAUUUCAGUAUAUAACAGCAGUGGGGGAAUGGUUGAGGUCUCUACCUUCUUCCCUUCUGUCCAGCCUAAUGCAAGCAUAAGUCAGAACCACAGCAAUAACUCAGAUCUGCUUUAUCGGGACGAGGAGCUGGCCAAGAUUGAGAUAGCAGUGCUUGCUGUCAUCUUUGUAGCUGCUGUCUUGGGAAACUGCUGCGUUCUGUUGGGACUCUACAAGUCCAAAAAGAAGAUGUCCAGGAUGCACCUAUUUAUAAAGCACUUGAGCCUCGCUGACUUGGUGGUGGCUUUCUUCCAGGUGCUUCCACAGCUCUGCUGGGAGGUCACUUACCGCUUCUACGGCCCCGACUUCUUGUGUCGCAUUGUGAAGCACCUCCAAGUUUUUGGAAUGUUCGCAUCAGCUUACAUGCUGGUGGUGAUGACAGCUGACCGAUACAUUGCCAUCUGCCAUCCUUUGAAAACCCUGCAGCAACCAACCAAGAGGUCCUAUGUGAUGAUCACUACCGCUUGGCUCCUCAGCUUCUUCCUCAGCAUUCCUCAGUACUUUAUCUUCUCUCUUAGCGAGGUGGAACACGGUUCACAAGUCUACGACUGCUGGGCUCAUUUCACUUUGCCUCACAGUCUGGAAACUUAUGUCACAUGGAUGACCAUCUCUAUCUUCAUUUUGCCGGUAAUCAUGCUAGUGACCUGCUACGGCUUUAUUUGCUACAACAUCUGGAAUAACAUCAAGUGCAAGACCAAGAAAGAGGAGAAUGAAGGAAAGAAGAGCAAUGGUCUCAUGUCCACCUCUGUGAGCAGCGUGAGGACCAUUUCCAGAGCUAAGAUGAGAACGGUGAAGAUGACUUUUGUCAUUGUCUCAGCCUAUAUCAUCUGCUGGACGCCGUAUUUUACCAUCCAGAUGUGGUCCGUCUGGGACUACAACUCCAGAUGGAUCGAAAAUGAGAACACUGCAGUUACUGUCUCUGCUCUCCUGGCCAGUCUGAACAGCUGCUGCAAUCCUUGGAUAUAUAUGUUCUUUAGUGGACAUCUACUGCAUGACUUCAUGCGUGGAUUUCUCUGCUGCAAGAAGGUAAGGAAAACUCUGAACAAGGAAGAUUCUGACAGCAGCAGCCGAAGACAAACAUCAUUUACCAGGUUCCAGACAAAAAGUCCAACCAACAGCACAGACACCAUCAAAGAGUCUCCCAAAUCUGCUAAGUACAUCAGAUUCUUACCUAUUGAAACUUGAACACUCAUUAAAAUAUCUGUGUCCAAAGAGCAACAUGGCUUUAAAUGACUUAGGCACUUUAAUGUGAACACAUUGUAUAUAUACACUGUACUAUUGUUAUGUGGCACAGAAAGGACCUACAUAAUUCCUAUGAAUGUAUACAACAUGAUACCAUUUACUGUAAGUUAAAUCAUGCUUAUAUUUUGUAUCAAUGGUCAAUGCAAAUAAUAGGGGAC